AUGAAGAUUCUAAUGAACAAACCUGUGAAGUUGAAUGUGUCCACCAUGAGCCUUUGGUUUGAAGCAAGGAGGCUAAGGAUCGAAUGGGGUGAUGAUACUAGGUAUUGGAUUUGGACAAGGGACUCUGAAUUUGGAUGUGAGGUUGCAAAGCUUGAGAAAGUUAGCUGGUUCGAAAUCAGAUUAACCUUUGACGUUCGAUGCUUAUCUAAGAUGACAUGUUAUUCUGCCUACCUUGUUUUUAAGAUUGAAAGCGGGCGCUUUCAAGAUGUCAACACAGCACUGGCAGGUGUGAGAUAUGAGGAGGACAAGGCCAUAUACGGUUGGAUGCGUGGAGAGAAUAGACACUCUCAGGUCUUUCUCGCAAAGACGAAAACUUAUGGGGAUUGUGGUCGGUUUUCUGACAGUCGCUCUGAUGGGUGGAUGGAGAUCAAGCUCGGAAACUUUUACGUUAGUAGUGGGAAUGAAGGUGAAGUUGAAUUGCAGCUAUGGCAUGUAUCAGACCAGUUUUGGAUGUCUGGUUUUAUAGUGAGGGGCAUUGAAGUUCGACCAGGAAAUGAAGGAUAA